AUGAACAAGAACAACAGAGUAGUGGUGGGAGUCAGAAUAAAACCACCUGCUUCAGCAGAUGCACCGUGUCCACAUGCAGACAAAGUAUUCUCUGAUCAUACGAAUCAGCAAAUAUAUACUGAGUUCAUUCGAAAGCACACGGAUAAAAUAUCCUUUUCAACGAUCUUUACAUAUGGAAGAACGGGAAGUGGUAAAACAUACACAAUGUUUGGAAGUAAAAAUGCACCGGGAAUUGCUGAGUUAAUUCUUGAGGACAGGCUGAACUCGCAUGGCGUGCUGUCUGUCAGAUGCAUUGAAAUAUACAAUGAAGUUGCAACUGACUUGUUCACUGGUACGCCAAUACGAAUUGUUCAAGAGAGUAACACAACGCAAGUAAUAAGCAAAACACAAGUAACGGUUAAAACAAGAGAGGACAUUACAAGUCUUUUGAAAACCAUUAUGAAGAAAAGGAAGACAUCAGAAACAGAGCAUAACCAAGCCAGCAGUAGAAGUCACACGGUCAUUGAGGUGAAUUCUAUUAAUCUGGCGAUAAAUUUAGUUGACUUGGCAGGGAAUGAGAAAAUGGCCGAGGAUUUAGACAGAAGAAAAGAAGGAUUAAUGAUAAACAAGAGUCUGCUCACUCUAGGCAAAGUAAUAGACCAGCUGCAUACAGACACUCACCACGUAUCAUACAGAGAGUCAAAGCUAACUCGGCUGUUGCAGAAUACGCUCAGCUAUGGAACUAUUAUAUGCAUAUGCACAGUAAUGGAUCUGUCUGACCAUCUUACAAUAAAAUUCGCCGAGAGGCUUAAAAGAAUCAAAACAUCUGAGAGGCCUGUUAUUAAAUCAAAGGACGAGAUUAUUAAUGAUCUUAACCAAAAGAUAGCGUAUUUAACAGAACAGUUGCAGAGCAUAAAAACAAAGAGCCAUCUGGUGGAAUGUGCUGCUGCUAUAAACAGCCCGGCUGUAGUACACACAGGAACUGUUAUUGAAGAGUGCACUAACCCUACAGAACCACAAUCAGAACUCGCUACACUAACUCCUACAACAGCAGAAGAAGUAAUUGAGGGCGUGGUAAAACCAGAAAAUGGUGCCCAAUCUGCAAAUCUUUAUGAAAUGAUUUAUAAAUACCUAAAGGUGGGCGCAGAGAAAGAAAUGACAAAUACGCUGACUCCUCAGGAGAUGGAUGCAGUCCACGUUCAAGUAACAAAACAAAAAAAGGGACUGUUGGAUGGAACACCCUUUCGCAGUAUUUUCAAAAUGUCUCGAAUUGAAAUGCGAUCUAGCCGCAGCCGUAGUAAGUCUUCAAAGAAGUCAAGCGGUUUCUCUGGUAAUAUACAUAGUCCAAAUUAAUCUAAAAAAUUAUUCUUGAUUAUUUUAUUUUCUAGUACUCUGUUUAUAUAUUCUUUAGUAAUAUGCAUAAAUAUACAACAAAAGUUGCAAUAGAUUUCAAAUACAUCUGUAAUAACUUGAAGUAGCUAGGAUUCUACUGUACACUCACCAAUCAAAAAUGCUUAUCUAUACAACUGCACUGGGUACCUUCUUAAUUAGCAGA